CGGGACUUCUUGUGAUGUCCGGGUCGUUGUGUAAAACUUUGUACCCGUUCAGCGGGGAGCAGCACCAACAGGGACUGAGCUUCGAGGCGGGGGAGAUCCUCCAGGUGGUCCAGGCUGCUCCCGGAGGCUGGUGGGAGGGAGAGAAGGACGGAGCCCGGGGAUGGUUCCCCUCCAGCUACGUUCAGGUUCUGGAGAGGACACCAUCUUUGAGUCAGCUUCCGGUCGAAGACCACAUAGACCCCCUGCCUCCUCAUUGGAAAUGCUACAUGUCUCCACAAGGGCGGCGAUAUUAUGUCAACACAACAAACAAUGAAACGACUUGGGAGCGACCGUCCAGCGUACCUGGAACCCCCAAAUCCUCCUUCCGGCACAAGAACUCCCUGCCAGCAGUGAAUGGAUUUCACUCCGGUGGCAGCCCCUUGCAUCAUGUGGAGCAGUCACACACAAGUCUGGUUAGAAAGUCCAGUGCAGAGCCACAGAGUCCUGGAUCAACGUCGCCCACCAGGAAACAGAGCAAGGACACCACGGUCACGAUUAACUGUGUGACGUUCCCGCUGCCUUUGACCAUGGCGGAACAACAGCUGCUGAAACCAAACGAAUGGAGCUACUGCGACUACUUUUGGGCCGAUAAGAAGGAUCUCCAGGGCAACGGUUGCAUUACAGGAUUUGAGGUUUUGCUGCAGAAACAGCUGAAGGGGAAACAGAUGCAGAAAGAAAUGGCAGAGUUCAUACGAGAGAGGAUAAAGAUAGAAGAAGAAUAUGCCAAAAGUCUCUCUAAACUCUCCCAGAUCCCUCUCGCAAGCCAGGAAGAAGGGACUCUGGGGGAGGCGUGGGCUCAGCUCAAGAAGAGUCUGGCUGAUGAAGCUGAAGUUCACCUCAAGUUCUCCUCAAAGCUCCAGAGUGAAGUGGAGAAACCUUUGUUGUCCUUCAGGGAGAAUUUUAAGAAGGACAUGAAGCGGUUUGACCACCACAUCGCCGACUUACGAAAGCAGCUGGUCAGUCGUUACGCCGCCGUAGAGAAGUCCCGUAAGGCUCUGGCUGACCGGCAGAAAGAACUGGAGCUGAAGACUCAGCAGCUGGAGAUCAAACUCAGCAACAAGAUCGAGGACGACAUCAAGAAGGCCCGCAGGAAGUCCACACAAGCAGGAGACGAGCUGAUGCGGUGCAUCGACCUUUAUAACCAGUCGCAGUCCAAGUGGUUUGAGGAGAUGGUCACCACCAGCCUGGAGCUGGAGAGGCUGGAGGUGGAGCGGGUGGAGAUGAUCCGGCAGCACCUGUGUCAGUAUACCAUGCUACGCCACGAGACGGACAUGUUCAACCAAAGCACGAUGGAGCCAGUGGACCAGCUGCUGCAGUGUGUGGACCCGACUAGAGACAGAGAGCUGUGGGUGCUGGAGAACAAGACCGGAGAAAUCAGACCCGUCGACAUCGAGAUCUGACCUCAGCACAGCACAGCGCCUUUUGCCCCGCCCACUCUGACCCAGAGACGAGACGAGUGAAGCCUGACUGGACGGGUUUUGACUGACAAUCCGCUAUCUGGCUCUUCUGAGGGCAAUUUGUUUAGCGAGAAACACGAACGAUCAAAUCGAGGCAUCAGCUCUGCGAAAGCCGACGCACCGCCAUCAUCAGUGGGAAUCGUGGGAACAGCGAGCGCGAGAACUCUGAGUGAACUGACACCCAGGUGAACGAUAGCGAUCAACAGGCGAACACCGGUCAUUUCCCGUCAGCUUCAUGUCGUUCUGCAGCGCUGCUCUUUGUGUUACUUUGUUCCCAUUGCGACACAAUUUAACAGCUGCUGCUAACAAAUAAACAAAACGCAUUCCGAGCGCAGAGCGUCACUGUCUGCUGCUGAGGACCUGCAAUACUAACAGCCGCCACUGUGAGGAGACAUUCAAUGCUGCAGCUAAGGCUUGAGUUGUACUUCUUUAACUCCGUCCUUGCAUGUGAUGCCACGACAGUCCUGUGGUUGUUCCAGGCGUUGUUUUCGCGCGCUCUCCGAGGUUAGCAUGUCACCUUUUGUAAAUGCAGUACCUGCCACGAACUGCGGGGGGCAAAAAGAAGUGUUAAAUGACAUCAUCAUGCCGUGUAACAGUGACACAUAAGCUUGUCUGAGAAUUUUGUGCAACAUCGCUAGUACGAUUUCUCUUGCCAGUUCAGCUCUAAUUUGCCCCCUAGUGGAAAUUAAUUUUAAUCAUUCUCAUACAGUCAACAGUAUGACCGCGUAAGUCGAUUGUUAUUGUGGUAAAAUUUGACUCCACAUUUGUCAUGUUUCUGAAGAAAUGUUUCUGACGAAAAGUUUCGAAACAGACAUGAGACUUCACGAUACAGCGUUCACAGAAAAUAUGUUGCAUUUCAGCUUCUUCUUUGCCCAGUAUUAAAAUGAUCAAUAACCACCUUUAAAUGAGUAAAGUAACUAUUGUGCCAUCAUUUACAUUUUUCCUCAUGGUACCUGCAGCGUGUUGUUUGUUUCAUCCUCACGCCACAUUAAACAGACUUUGAUUUAAGAAGGUUUUCUGUCACUAUUUCCCUCUGUGCAUGAAGAAACAACCGUCACAGCUUCUGUUUCCAAAAAAACCUGCUGAACCUGAGACUUGAGUUUUCUGAGUUCAUAAUCAGACGGUCACAAGCCUGCCCCCUGGUGGGGAGAACUGAGUAACUAAAAAAACUAAAUGUACUUCAUAAAUCAGCCAUUCCUAAACUUAAAAAUGCCUUUUCCCAUUUUGAAACCUGAUAAUCUUGCAGGGUUCAUCCAAACGGUUAAUCACAAGGCUGUUGAAGUAUUUCUUAUGUGCUUUGGUUCAUUAUUUUAAAUUACAUUUUAGAAAUAGUCACAAGAUAUUUUUUGGUCAUUUUAAACUUAUUACAAAUUUGAAAAUUUUUAUUCAUUUUUAAUGACACCCCCCCCCCCCCCCCCCCCCCCACACACACACACUUCCAAAAGCCAAUCUGCAGUACCUUCAGGGCCCACCGGGGGGCCACAGCUGGCACUUUGAGGAUCACCCUCAGAUAUUAAAUACAGAGAUUUGCAGGUGUGUUUGUUUUUAGCAGUUCGAUAAAUAUUUUGUCUCAUGUCUGCCGGAUCGCAUCGCUCAGAUUCCUCCAUUAAUAUUUCCUGUUUAAAAUCGAUCAGCCGGUUGCACUUUAUACCCAAAUUAUGUAUAGAUAUUUUAUUAUUAUUUUUUGUAAUUUUUUUAUGUGGUGCUGUUGAAGAUAAACAUAUUUGCUACACAGACUGAUGUAAAUACAGAGAUGUAUGAAUAAAGGAAAGAGACAUGAAGGCUGUAAAAUAAAAUAGUGGAAUCAUGUCUAAAGAUGCAUAUAGAAAUUUGGUACCAAUGAUAAUAUAUAAUACUGAGUGUUUUCCAUAUGCAGUAGAAAAAACAUUCUACAGUUUAAAUUUGCUGUCAGAAGCUAAAAUACUCUUUUACAUCUUGUCUUGUCCAGUAUCACUUAGCGAACUGGACUGAAGAUUUUGUGUUUUAACUGCUAAAAAAUAAUUUGAAUUUUUCUUUAAUAAAUGAAGAUGCAUAUCUUAUGUCAGUUUUUGUUUUUUGGGGGGGAUAUUUCAGAAGAUUUUUGUUUGUCUAAUGACACUGUUGCAGAGAACACGAGUCGACAUAAAGGACAUAACACCAAACUAAAGAACAGUCCUAAAAAUAAUAAAAAUUUAAAUCAAACCGAAGAUAACAGGGGAACGUCGCUGUAAAUGAAAAAGGUCUUUAUUUCCCGGCAAAAACAAAUACUUUCACAUUCAAAUAUCAAAUGUUUUGGUCACGUUACAAUUUCAGGCAGUGAAAAUAAAGAUUCAGUUAAAAGUUAAAAGUAGAAAAUGGAGAAUUUUCAUUUAAUCUUUAUGACCAAAAUAACUGUGAAUUUAAUAUUGGACACAGUUUUCCAGAAUCAAACUGUUUUAACUGCACAAAGACAAUAAUGUGGAUUUUUUUUAAAAAUCUCUGUGCACCUUCAGUCUGCAAAAAGAAAAAAAAAAUCAUUUCAGAACAUCUUUUGAAAAUUGUAUUAAUACAUUUUCAGAAUAUUUACUUUUUGUUAAGAUAUUUUCUGUUCCCGUCAUGUGACUCAGUCUCAUCAGUUGUGGAUUAAAAAUGAUUCCUUUUAUCGACGUAUGUAAUCUGCACAAUAAAUCAGAGCUGACAGA